UACUUUUUCGGAACAUUAUCGGGAAGUCUGAAGAAUUUCCGCGUGGAAAUCAGGCAUAAAUAUCAUUCCGACGAACGCGUCGCAGUCUGAUCUACAUUAUACGUGUUUCUACGUAAUCCCCCGACGCUCUCGGCGAGCCGCACCGAAUGCACCUGGCAGACGAUACCGAAAGUUCCGCCGGAAAAAUGCAUUCCUGCCAGCGUCCCUCGCACGAUUGACGCGAUGUCCGAAUCGAACUCGCCCAAAACGGACACGAGUAGCUCCAGCCUCCUGCGGCAAUUCCGCUUUCAAAAAAAACAACCGAAGAUCAUGAACCUGUCGGACGAGGACAGUAACUUGGUAAGUUCCGACAUACAAGGGCGCCGUAAACCCGUAAAUCGCAUUGAGGAUAGUGACAGUGAUAUUGGUAGUCCAGCUAAAACAAGCUCGGACUGUAACGCCAAAGGUAAAGAGAAUAAGUUAAAGUACCUGACAACUUUGUAUCCACAAAAUGAUGUAACACAUAUACAGGAAGUACUUAAAAGUACUAAUUGGAAUGUUGAGGAGGCGGAAGAGACACUUAAAAAUAAUAGAAAAAGGGGCUUGAAGCAGUCUGCAAAAACUAGCAAAAAGAAAAGAAGAAAAUUAAAUGUAGAUGAAGAGGUAGAUGUUGAUUCAGAUGAGCACGAUUAUAAAGACAAAGUAUUCAACAGUGAUGAAGAUUCUGAUAUAGAGAUAUCUAAUGAGCUCACAGGUGAUAAAAAGGCAGUUCUAGAAUUUAUGCAGACUGCUCUACUUUCGGAGUUGCUUCUUAUGUCCCAAUGUUCUCAAAAGAGAGCCAUGGCCAUUAUAAAGGCACGGCCAUUUGAAGAUUGGCGAGACUUAGUGAAUAAAUUUCAAAAUAUAAAAUACUUAGAUACAGAAUUACUUAAUGCAGCUCAGGUAUUACUAUCUACACGUCACGUGGUAGAACUUCUUAUGAAAAAAUGCCUUCGCUUAUCUACCAACAUGGAAAAAGCUGUUGCUGCUGGUGCAUCGACUAUAACACACCAGCCAAAAGCAUUAUCACCCAAUUUGACAUUAGCUCCGUAUCAAUUGGUUGGCCUAAACUGGCUUGCUGUUAUGCACGCACAGAAUGUAAAUGGUAUAUUAGCCGAUGAAAUGGGUUUGGGGAAAACGAUACAAGUGAUAGCAUUUUUAACAUAUCUGAAGGAAGCUGGUCUUCUUGAUGAGAAAGAUGGACCUCAUCUAAUUGUUGUUCCCAGUUCAACUAUGGAAAAUUGGAUGGACGAGUUAGAAAGAUGGUCGCCUGGUUUGAAAGUUGUACAAUAUUAUGGCUCUCAAGAUGAACGAAAAGAGAUGCGGAUGGGUUGGCGAAACGGUGAUCUCGAUGACGUUGACGUUUUG